UUGCUAUGAUUGCCAAUAAUAGCAAUGAAAAUGAGAUAAUUGAUGACAAUUACGACCAAUUGAUUCAUAAAGUGAUAAAUUAUUCAAUUAAUGGAUGCAAUCAAUCAUUUGAUUAUUGCUUUCCACGUCUUUACGAUUCAAAUGAUGAUCCACUGGUUCUUCAGCCGUCACUCUUUCCAAUGGUUUGGCCGACCAUUUACUUCACUCUCGAGGAAGAGUCACUUUCUUCAGUGCCAAACAAACUAAGACUUUAUCUCAGAUGGAAAUUAUCGUCGAUAACUGCCAAUACAAUGAAGACAGUUGUGGCUAAAUCGGGUUAUCGUUUUUUAAGAGACAAGAACAAGAAGGUCUACAAGAAUUGGAGUGCCAUUUGGUGUAAACACAUGAAGAGURUCGACUUUAAAGCGAUCAAAAUUUAUCAGAAAGUAAAUCACUUUCCGGGAAGUUUUCAUUUCGGUAGAAAAGACAAAUUGUGGCACAAUUUACGUACAAUGGCUUACAAACAUGGAUUUGAUGUUUUUGGUGACUUUCAUCCACAGACUUUCAUUUUGCCUCACGAUUUGAAUGGUCUUAAAGAGUAUUGGCUUAAUUGUAUGAAUUGUAAUGAAGAAGUUGCUUUCAUAAUGAAACCGCCGGCAUCUGCGAGAGGUCAGGGCAUCAAAAUAAUUACCAAAUAUAGUGAAAUACCAAAGGCUUCCAGAGUUAAAACAAAGACAAAUUGCAAGACAUCGGUUGUUAUUCAAAAAUAUAUCACUAAUCCAUGUCUACUAUACAACGAAAAGAAGUUUGAUUUAAGAGUUUAUGUAUUGAUUACAUCAAUAGUUCCUCUUAGAGUUUAUAUCUAUGACGAUGGACUCGUGAGGUUUGCAUCUCAUCAAUAUUCCAAUGAUAUUGAAAGCCAUGUCGACAAUCAGUUUAUGCAUUUAACUAAUUAUAGCGUUAAUAAAAAUCAUUUGAAUUAUGUCCUCAAUCAGGACAUCAAUGGCCAAACCGGUAACAAAUGGACACUUAAGACUUUAUGGCGAUAUCUAAGUCAUUCCUGUAAAGAUGUUGAUGUCGACAAAAUACUUAAUUCCAUUGAAGAUAUGAUUAUUAAGACAAUUCUUAGUUGUGAACAAUAUAUUUGCAAAUUAGUUGAACAGAAUGUUAAGUGUCGGUACUCUUGUUUUGAACUUUUGGGUUUUGAUAUUAUGUUAGACAAUACAUACAAACCAUGGCUUAUUGAAGUCAAUAUAUCUCCUAGUCUUCGCUCCGAUUCACCACUGGAUAGUGCUGUCAAAUCUCAGUUAAUUAAGGAUAUGCUUAACAUAAUCGGACACCAAAUUCCUCCGAGUUUUAAAAAUAUAGAGACUUUUGCUGACUUUAUUUGUUACAAUCGUCACUAUUAUUCCACCACUUUUAAUGAUGAAGAAAAAAUUAAACAUCAAAAGUAUGAAAACUCGGAAACAGAAAAUUGUGAUAUUUUACAUAAUUUGACGAAUGAAGACAUAAGACUACUAAUUGAAUCUGAAGAUGAACUCUCACGAGUCGGUCAUUUCAAACGUGUUUUUCCUUCUGCUAAUAGUUACCAAUAUAUUAAAUAUUUUGAUUCACUUUCCUAUCAGAAUAUUCUGAUGAAUUCAUGGGAACAACAAUAUUAUGAUAACAGAGAAAAAGGUAUUGAAUUAUUAAGAAGUUUGAUCUGGAAUAAACAUCACAUGUUUUAUGAUAAUCUGGAAUUGAUCAACAAAUUUCGGCAUACAUUUCAACUAAAUGAUGAAUAACAUCUAUGAAAAAUGAUAUAUUAAUUUAUUUAUUAACUUAUAGUUAGUUAGGAAAUAAUAAAUAA